CGUACAAGAGUAAUACCAGACUCAGGUAUCAAUUUAGAGAUGGAAUCGCUAUUAACUUUAUUUUUUCUUUUCGUGGUGGUAUUUUCAAGUAUCGAUGGUCAAGAAUCAACAGAGGAGAAAAACUCGGAAGGACGCCGUGUUCUUGUUUUUGGCGGGAACGGCUUCAUUGGUAGUGAAGUCGUCAAAGAACUCAUUGAAAAAGGCUAUGACAUCACUCUAGUCAAUCGCGGUAACUGGUAUUUUGACUCCAAAGAACGAAUCCAACCUUACGUUAAUUACCACUUUACUUGCGAUCGAGACAAAGCAUUCAAGCUUGAAUGCCCUGAGCUGCUAACUUCUGGAUACUACGAUAUUGUCAUAGAUUUUAGUUCAUACACUUCCAAACAGAUUCAACAAGUUACCGACAUAUUACGAGAUCGAGUUGGUCUCUACAUUUACAUCAGUACUGACUCUAUUUACGAAGUCUGCCAGAAAGACCACGUUGCAGCCUCUAGAGAGGAAGAUGCAGUCAGACCCAAAAGUGCUAAAAAAAGAAUGCAGUUAAGAAAGUCAGAGACUUAUGGGCACGAAAAACUCGCAUGCGAAGAAGUUCUCCGAAAACAGCGUCAAGCGGGUGGCUUUCCAUACGUGGCUCUUCGACUUCCUGAUGUGAUUGGACCACGCGAUGGAUCAUUCCGAUUCUGGACAUACCAAAUAUGGAUUCAAACUCACAAGGCUAUAAAAGAGAAAGUCCAUCUUCCUCUAGGCGUUUCCGAUACUAAGUUUAGUCUGAUACACGUUGAAGAUGCAGCAAAAGCAGUACAGAAGAUUAUCGAGGCUGGUCCUAAAGCUUACGAUCUAGCAAUCAAUUUUGCUUUUGAAGAAUAUUUCACUUUGAAGUCACUCUUGACAGACAUUGGUAGACAAUUGAAAGUUGAGGAUAUAGACUUUUUAACAGACGAAGAUCAAGCUUGGUACACAUAUCCAACAGUUACUAAAGGACCGUUAGAUAUCAGUCGAGCUAGACUCCUUUUGGACUGGGAACCAAUACCUUGGACGAGAGCAUUGAAAUCUUUGACAACUUUUUUUGAGGACGCCAUGACAGACAAGGCCUUCGCAUCGGAGAGAGAAAUGGUCUUAGCUGAUGUGAUAGAAAAUCUGGUCCCAGAAGAAAAGUAUUCUAGUUUUUUAAAGGCGUUAAAACGAAUAUAUGGCGAAGACGUUUUUGACGGUCUCGACAUGGAUAUUGGGUUUGCUAAGGACGCAAUGGAAUUAGAAGGUAGCAGUGUUAACAACACUUCUGAUGCACAUACAAUUGCAAGCAACGGCCAAAACAGUACAACGACUGCUGAUGAAGUAGUACAUGAUGACGAAGAAAUGGAAAGUACUGAUACUGCAAAGUCAACGAAGAAUGCAGAAAAAGAAGAACUUUAAAUUAGGAGACUAAAAAAUAUUAUGAUGAUAUUCAACAUAGAUAAGCUAUAGGUAACUCUAAUGACCAUGAGAGAAACUCAGUAUACUGAAGUUAAGAUUUUAUCCGAAACAACCUUCUGAGCUUCACGAAGUUACGUGGCUGGAAACGCACGGAAGGCUUAGUGUUUCCGGAUGCAUAUUCUGAAUAACUCAAUUUCGUGGAUUUUAUUUACUUAUGAUAAUAAAUAAAAAUAGUAAUA